UUUUUGUCCUUCUCAGCAGAAGCGUUCACGAUACGAAUGACCUACUGGAAGACAUUUUUCUAUCUUUUGUAAUGAAACUUUGAAAAAUCUUCAGUGCUAUGGUAAUCGAAGUUUCGAAAGAACUUGAUGUAGUUCGAAUUGGUAUCGAUAGAUAUUCUUUAAAAACCGGCGUGCGAUUGCGAACAAUCAUGGAUAUAAGCCUACGAGUUAUCAAGGAACCCCGAGGGUUUAUCAGGAUUAUCCAAUGUCUAAUGGCUAUUUUGGCAUUCUCAACUACUGUUGGCUUUGUAACAGAAUGUGCAUUUACUAUUACGUGUGGAGAUACCAAAGAGAACGAGAUUAAAAUUGCAUACAAUUUUGGAUAUCCUUUUGCAAAUGCUGUGUUGCAUAUUCCUGAUGACUGUUCCCAAGAUUUGGUAAAAAUGGUCCUUCCCAUCAAUUACUCAAGUGCUGCUAAAUUUUUUGUGGCAACCGGAGUUCUUUCAUUUCUGUAUACAAUUGGGAUAAUGAUUGUAUACAUCUUCCUCCAUCAGGCAUAUACUGAUAACACCAAAUUACCUGUUGUGGAUUUGGGAAUUACUGCUGUUUUGUCAGUAUUUUGGAUGGCAGGUUCAAGCGCAUGGGCUCAAGGGGUUACUGAUCUCAAAUACUAUAUUCAUCCAGAUACGCUUUUCACCUUUUUCUCCAUUUGUAAGAAAAAUACCUGUCAGACUGUUGAAGAUGGAUCAUAUGGGGUGCUCAAUGGGUCCUUGAUACUUGGCUUUGCAAACUUUUUGCUGUGGACCAGUAGUUUAUGGUUUGUGUACAAAGAAACAGUAUUCCAUUCAUCUGAAGUUCCUUCUCAGCCUCCUCAGAGCCAGGCUACUAAAAGUGGUGUUGGAAGAGUGUAACUUUUCAAAUGCAUACACUUGAGGCAUUAAUUGAUCAGCGAUUUUUUUUCUUUCAGAAUUUGAAAAUACAAUCUUGGCUAUAUACACUAAUUAUUUCUUUUCACUGAAAUCUAUUCAUUCAUUCUUCAUUGAUUUUUUUUUUUUCCAUUACAGUUCAUUUUGUCAGAAGGAUUUAAGCUAAUUUCAUUGUUGACACUUUCUGUUUUCGUUGAUUAUUUCUGUGAAUAUGGUAUUUUGUUGUGAUUACAUUGUGUCAAAACAUUUGCCAUUUUUCUUAGAUUUUUCUGAUUUAUAGUUUUAAGUGGCAAAACGAUUAUAGAAUUAUUUUCUUAUUAAAGAUAUUAGGUGAAAUAAUGUCACAUCUAUUGAUUGUUACAAAUGUAUGCACCAUUGAUUUAUUUUUGUGAAUGCUUUUAUAGAAUUUUUAAUCUAUACUUGAUGAAGAAUAUGUAUUGAAGGAUUUUAUCUGUGCAUGUCUUUCAUUAAGAAAUGAAAAUAUACAAAUUAUUUUAAAACUUUGAUAUACUAUAUGAAAAAAAAAUUAGGAAUGCAAGAUAUGCUUGGUAAGCUUUCUUUUUAAAAUACAUUUGUAUACUUUUAUAUUAAUAAAUAUAGUUUCAAUCUGCUGUAUAAACGGAAUUAAUAAAAGUGUAAUUUGGUAACAUUUAUUUUUAACUUUUAUAUUUAAGGCAAGAUUAGAAUUUAGAAUAUAUAAAAAAAAAAUGAAGGAAUGAGCAAUUGAACAGUAAUAAUUUUCUUGCUGCCAUCCUAAAUCAUUAGUUGUAGCCUAUAUUUAUGUGUUUUCUUUUAUAUUAUAAAAUCACAUUUAUUAAAAACCUUUUUUUUUUACUACCUCAUAACCCAAUCAUAAUUACACCAGUAAGUGUGUGUUAUUAUAUUUGCACUAGUCUAACAAAUUGCACAAGUGAUAUAUUAUAGCUUUAUCAAUUUUAUGUAUGCUUAUUAUAUUUGGUGAUGGUACUUAAGUAUUAUUUUACAGCAAAAAGUUUUAAAACUUAUCUUUAUUGUACUUAAUUUUGUUUUAAUGUUUUAUUAUUGAUUUAAAUCUUUAUAUUCAAGAGCUCAAAGUAAUACUAAGACAGCUAUGUAGUCAUUGUUUAGCUGACUGUAAAUAGUUUGUGUAUUACUUAGUUUAAUGUUGCCAUAUUCUUGCUUUGUUAAUUACACAUCCUGCAUUUGUCUAUUGUUUCAAAACAAUUCAUUAUCAAAUUGUACAAAUUAAUGUAGUUAUUUUUUUUCUAUUUAUAUAUGUGUUGUACUUCUCUUUAAUUUCAAAUUUCAAUUGUAAAUAAGUGUCUUUUUUGUUAUGUCAUAAUUUAAGUUUUGAUUUUCUUUUGUUUGCUUAUUUACAAUAUUCUUAUUACUGAAGUCAAAAAUUUAAUGUUUUGGAAAAUCUUAUUUAAAGAGAUGUUAUCAUCCCAAUUGCAUUUUAGAUUUUAAUGAUUUUUCAAAUUGAUUCAGAAUUCUUUUGAAUGGAGGAAAAAAAUCAGAAUUCAUAUAAUAAAAUUUACCAUCUUUUUUUUUUUAUUUUAUUCUGCCAUAAAUAUUACUUAUACACAUUAUUACACAUAUAAUAUGAUUUUGUUGUAUGAAAUAACUUUUGUCAUAAGAGCUUAAAUUCCUUCCUUGCAACUAAGUAUUUUGUUAUAUACUAAUAAAUGUUUGAUAUAUGUUAAUUAGCUUUUUUUGUUAAUUUAUCAGCACUGCCAUUAUUUGUUUCCUUUGUACUGAUUUUAUACCUUCCCUUAAUGCACUGAAGGAUUGUUUUCUAUCCUUGUUUGAAAAUAAACAAUAGUUACAUUUCUCAAUUGUGUCUAUGAAAGUAAAAUUAUUUUAUGUGGGUUUUUUGCCUUAUUAUAAAUAAAACAGUAUCUAAAUUUGUAUGCAAAAUAAUCUACUUAUUGUUAAU